AUGGAUAAAAGUUGGAUGAAGAAGCAGAGGGGUUCAAGGGAAUAUAUUGAAGGUGUACUUAAAUUUGUGGAAUUUGCAUCAAAACAUGCAAGCGAUAGGAAAAUCUUUUGUCCUUGUACCAAAUGUGUGAAUAUGAAUUUGGUACUGCCAGGGGUGGCACGUGAACAUCUUUGGAGUAAGGGGAUGCUUCAAAAUUACACACUUUGGAAAUGGCAUGGGGAAUCGGCGGCUGUGCCAACUGCCACUGAAUGUGGGAGUAGUCAUGUCCAAGAGUCCUUAGAACAAUACGGUGACUUUCGUGGGAUGUUGCAUGAUUUGUGCCCCACGCAUGGAAUGCCACCUGAACCAAUGGACGAAGGGGAAACUGUGCAACAAUCGGCUCAAGGUCCAAAUGAUGGUGCACAAAAGUUUUACAAAAUGAUAGAUGAUGUGGACAAACCUUUAUAUGCUGGGUGUACAAAAUUUAGCAUAUUCUCAGCCAUCGUUGUGUUGUUCCAGUUGAAGACUCUUUGUGGUUGGACGAACAAGUCAUUUACUAUGUUGCUUCAACUCUUGAUGGAUAUGCUCCCUUCUGACGCUAAGUUGCCAAAGGACCAUUAUGAGGCUAAGAAAAUAGUUCGAGAUUUGGGUUUGGGGUAUGAGAAGAUCCAUGCUUGUCCCAAUGAUUGUAUACUAUUUUGGAAGGAGAAUGUUAACCUCGAGGCAUGUCCUUAUUGCAAAGAAAGUAGGUGGAAACCAAAUGAGGCAUCUGUUACAAAUAAUAAUGCUUCAUCUAGUAAGGGAAAGAAGAAAGCUGCAAAGAUCCUACGCUGGUUUCCCUUAAAGCCAAGAUUGCAGCGAUUAUUUUUGUCACCCGACUUGGCUAGUUCUAUGAAAUGGCAUGCUAAUGGUCGUACAGAGGACGGGGUAAUGCGGCAUCCUGCUGACUCGGAUGCAUGGAAAAUGUUUGACACUACGCAUUUACAGUUCUCGUCUGAGCCUCGUAAUGUCAGACUUGGAUUAGCUGCGGAUGGAUUUAACCCCUUCGGAAUGCUGAGUACUACUCACAGCACUUGGCCUGUCAUGCUAGUCCCUUACAAUCUCCCGCCUUGGUUGUGCAUGAAACGGUCAUCUUUGAUUUUAUCACUAGUUAUUCCUGGACCUAAAUCGCCAGGGAUUGCAAUAGAUGUGUACUUGCAACUCUUAGUAGAAGAAUUGAGGGAAUUAUGGGAUGUUGGAGUAGAAGCGUACGAUGCAUCUUCAAAAAAUGUAUUCCAAUUGCAUGCAGCAUUGAUGUGGACGGUACAUGACUUUCCUGCAUACGCAGAUGUGUCGGGUUGGAGUACGAAGGGUAAGUUUGCGUGUCCUUGUUGUGCCUCAGAGACCGACUCCAAAUAUUUAAAAAAUGGCCGCAAAUUUUGUUACAUGGGACAUAGGCGAUGGUUGGGUAGUGACCACGAAUUUCGGAAAGAAGAUACUUUAUUUGAUGGAUUCACUGAUAUGCGAGUGGCUCCUGUGCCACCAGUUGCGUCAGACAUAAUUGUGGACACUGAAACUUUACUUACACGUUGUCUGGGAAAGAAAUGUCGAGAAAAAUACAACAAAAGAAAGAGAGGUGAGGCAAACCAGUGUGUUUGGAAGAAGAGAAGUAUUUUUUUCACAUUGCCUUAUUGGAAGGAUCACAAGUUGCGACACAAUCUUGAUGUGAUGCAUAUAGAGAAGAAUGUGAUGGACAAUAUACUUGGCACUUUGCUGAACGUAAAGGACUGGACAAAGGACAAUUACAAGGCACGCCUUGACUUGGCGGAAAUGGGAAUAAGGAGAGAACUCCACCUACAGCGAAAAGGUGAUGAUAAGUAUAUGAUACCGCCUGCGUGUUUUCAUAUGACUGUAUUGGAGAAAGAUGGUUUCUUGCAAGUUUUGCGAGACGUAAAAGUGCCCGAUGGAUAUGCUUCCAACAUCUCCCGCCGUGUCAACCUCAAAGAACGUAAGAUUUCUGGUUUAAAGAGUCACGAUAAUCACAUCCUGAUGCAACAACUCCUUCCAAUUGCUUUACGAGGAUCUUUGCCAUCGCAUGUUAUUAAGCCUUUGAUAAAGUUAGCUUGUUUUUUUAGGAAAAUUUGUUCGAAAACCCUUACGGUGUUUGAUAUUGCGAGUGCUGAGGCUGACAUUGCAGUGACGUUGUGUGAAUUAGAAAAGAUAUUUCCUCCAUCUUUCUUCACUGUGAUGGUACAUUUGGUCAUGCACUUGGCUACUGAAACCAAGAUUGGUGGUCCAGUUCAGUACCGUUGGAUGUACCCCAUUGAGAGGUACCUCUCACGCCUUAAGUCUUAUGUAAGAAACAAGGCUGCUCCAGAAGGGUGUAUUGCCGAAGGCUACAUAGUGGAGGAAUGUUUAACGUUUUGUUCACGGUAUAUGGAAGGAGUCAAAACUAUAUUCUCACGACCCACAAGGACGAUGGAGGAGUCAACAGGGGUGGUUUCAAGUGUGGCACUAGAAAGUAGGGAAUUGACCCAAGCUCAUCGCUAUGUGCUAUUCAAUUCCGAGAACAUUUACCAGUUUCGUGAGUAA